AUGCAAACUAUGAAUCCUGAGCAGCCAAUAUAUUAUCCAAACAUGAAUGAGUAUUCUCAACCUCCAAAUGGUCAUUUCAGUGCGAAUGGGUCAGAUUAUGAUUCAAACAUAUCUAACCCUUAUAACUCAGCUCCAUAUUACCCUCAGAUGCCCACUAUGUAUUCAACACGACCAAUGUACAUGAAUCAAUCUUAUGGACAACAUGGCACACUUGUCUAUCCAAAUAAUCUCCAAAAUCCACAAAUUCCUCUUAUCCGACCGCCGAAUGAAUCGCAAAAUGCCACAUCGAAUUUAGGAAUGCCAAUAUUUGUACCGCCUCAACCAUAUCAACCAGUUCCUAAUCAUACACUCAUGUCGCCAUACCAAACACCUACUCCAAUGUCUACCAGACCUUACUAUAUAGCUAACAGCGGACAAAUACCAACGCCGAUCAGUCAAGCAUAUGUGUAUCCACCUCAGUCUUCGCAAGUCCCAGAAAAACGUAAAAGAACUCCGUUAGCAAUUGUUGACCCAUCAUCUAAUCAACGUGUGGACACAAGUAGUCCAUCAACAAGUGUGUCGUCUUUAGUAGCAUCGAAUGAAGUUAAAAAACCCUUUUCCGAUAAGAAAGCGUGCGUUUCAGUCAAUGGUGGUUCAGUUACACAAACUAGUCAAGUUGAUGAUCAUACUCAAAAUGAUGUCGAUGAUAAAUCGAGUAGUGAAACCAAUCAAAAUGCUGUUGACGAUGAUAAUGAACAAGAUUGUUCAGAAUUGUCAGAACAAUACGAGAUCGAGUCUAUACCUUCGGAAGUUGUGUCUGAUGCAGAGAAUCAAUCAACAGACGAAAGAUUAUUAUCUUCCAGCCAUGUAGAACUACCUCAACAAACGUCAUCGAGUGAGGCAUCUGAAGAUAUUCCACCGACAUCUACCGUAACCGAUUCGCCACAAUCAAAACGUCUUCAAUACAGUAUCCAAGAACUUCUUAGUAAACGUUCUGUUCCCCUUGCACAGAAGCGACCAACGAAUUUGAAAUUUGUCCGCGAGAUCGAUACCGGAAAACAAAAGACUAUCGAUGCUACCGCUCAAUUCAUUCGGGAUGUUCGAUUAAUCUUAAACAAACUAACACCACAAAAUCGAACAAUACUAGUCGAACAAUUGGAAAAACUUGAACUUGAUCGCCACGAGCGAUUAGAAGGAAUGAUCGAUAUUAUCUUCUCGAAAGCUAUCGAAGAACCUAAAUACUGUUCGAUGUAUGCUGAAUUAUGUGAUAGUUUUCAAAAGAAACAAAUCACAACACCAAAUCAAAAUGGUCAGACAACAACAAUUUCUUUUCGGCAAGUUUUAUUAUCACGUUGUCAAACACGUUUUGAAAAUGAUUAUCGAGAAGACAUUAACUAUGACCGACGAAAAGCAGAGGUCGAUAAAAUCACCGACGAAAAACUUCAGAAAGAAGAAGCAGAGAACUUAGAGGAAGCUUUGAACAAGGCAAAACGACGACAUUUCGGCAAUAUACUCUUUAUUGGUGAACUAUUCAAACUAGGAAUGUUAACAGAAUCCAUCAUGUACAGCUGUAUGGAAAAUUUACUGAAAGACAAAACCGAUGAGGAAAAUCUCGAAUGUUUAUGUCGUCUUCUACGUACUGUUGGCAAAACAUUUGAUGAAAAGCAACAGAAACCAGCGAAUAAGAAAGCAAUGACCAAAACCUACAAUGAGUUGAACGACAUUGUCCAACAAAAUCAAAUAUCACCACGCACACGAUUUAUGAUUCAAGAUCUGUUAGAACUGAGAGAGGCUAAGUGGGUUCCUCGUAUGGCUGAAGCCAAGCCAGUAACCAUCGAUGAAAUUCAUGAACAAGAUCGACGCAAACGCGAACAAGAGGAACGUGACAGACAACAACGAGCAGAUCAGUAUCGAAACAAUACCGGUGGAAAUAACAAUUACGGAUCGGGUAAUCCACCAUUAUAUACAGGAUCGCGAGGAAGUCGAGGCAGCGGAUCAAAACAACAAUCAAAUCGACAAGCUUCAGAUCGAACCGAUAAAGGCUUUAACGUGAACUCCAUACGACAAUAUCAAUCAACAGACAAGAAAGCUAAUGCACCACAAUUGAAUUUAAAACCGCAAGGAGUCUGGGGUAAAGCAAGCACAACUGAAAAAAAAACUGAAGAUGACCAAACCAAUGCCAACCGAAUCACUAAACCUUUGACAACUUCUAUCCCAUCGUUCCGCCCACAAAACAUGUUAUUCUCCAAGGCUGUCUCUAACUCUACCCAACGUCCACCAGUCAAUGGGUUAUCACGCGAUAACGAAGAAGCCAACUCCAGUAACGCAUCAAUGUCAAAUUCACGUGAAGGAUCACGUGCUGUCAGCCGUGAACAAUCUCGUAAUGCUUCACCGGACCCAAGUACGACUAAAAGAUCUGCAACUUCGUCGACAGAAAAUAAUCAAGCGUUCGAUGAAGAAAAAACUCGAUCUCGCGUACAUGCGUUAUCUGAAGAAUAUACAGAAAACUAUUCCGAUCAACAUGACCGCUCCGUGAAAGAAGCUAUCGAAGAUUUGACUGAUUUUUGCACAUCGAACACUAAUCAGCAAGCAAUUAUCGUUCGAGAACUAUUCACGAAUGUGUUAGAAGCGAAACCACGCGCACGAAAAGCUAUCGGACAUCUACUUGGCUGUGCCUCCAGACAAAAAGUGAUAUCAAACGACGGAUUCCCCACUGGUUUUCAAAUGGUAGUCGAAGCUGUACCCGAUUACAUAGUCGAUAUUCCAUUCAUUUGGCAAUAUAUAGGCGAAAUUCUUGGUGCAUUUAUGGGUGUUGCAGAAUCGAAUAUGAUAUUAUUGAAACCUAUCUUACGAUCUGUUCCCGAUGACAAAACUAAACAAUUGUUUCAAUACAUUAUCCGAUACGCUUCAGAGUUUUCUUCCAAGUCUCAAGUGCAGAAAUCUUGGGAAUCUACUGGUUAUUCUCUCAAUGAUCUAUUGAAGUCGAGCAUAAUUGACUCUUCGUUCCUUAAUGAAUACAAUUGGUUAUCCGAACAAAAAGAAAGCACAUCCUCAACUACCAACACCUCAAAUUCAAUUGCAGCUGAUCCUAAAUUGGUUCAAUUAUUUGGAAAAGAAGACGAUGAAUGCGCGUCUGUGACCAAUACUAAUAUUCAAGCCUAUAUUCAGAAACAUAUGAAUCCGGCCAGCAAAUACUAUAUUCGAAAUAUAGUUUUAUCGUAUCUGGAAGCCCGUUUAGUCGAUCGCGAUGAAAAGCAGUCAAUACAAGAUUUCAUUGAUAAACAAAACAUGAAUAUUUUACGUAGUAUCAUCGAAACAAAAUCAGAAGAUGAAAUUCAAGCAGUUUACGCUAUUCAAAAUUUUGUCACCAAACUUGGACAUCCAUCAAAAAUGGCACAACUACUAUUCGAUAAAUUCUAUGACGCAGAUUGUGUGGGAGAAGAAACGUUCAUUAAAUGGCUAGAGCGCCCAGAUGAAUCCGAUCGUGAUGGCUACGACGAAAUUGUGAAAUCUACGACCGGAUUUUUCGAUUGGUUACGGAAUGCUGAACCCGAAGAGGAAGAUGUCAAAGAAUAG